AUCGUAACCUUCGUGGCCCGGAUGAACGUUUAAAAAUUCCACGGUUGACUGUCAGACGUCGUGACCAAGCGUAAAACAAUAUCUUCUUGGCUGAGAAUCGGGACGUUGCUCUCAGCCACUGGGAAUCGAAUUAUGGGCAUGCAAAAUUCCAAGAGACAGGACACAGACGAUGACAUAAUAUCGAAGAAAUCACUACAAUCAGUCAAGCAGAUCAUCAACUUUCUGAAAGAACAUGCUAGAGAGGAAGGGCUAUUUCGACGUGCUGGUCGUCGCGAUCUUAGAAGACGAAUUCUGAACUCGUUGAAGAAAGGCGAGAAACCUCAUUUAGGGAACAACGACGCGGCUCUGGAAUGCGCAGCCGCGUUGCAACUUUUUUUAAGCCAUUUGAAGAAACCUGUGAUGCCUCAGCACGUUCAACAACUUCUUCUUGCUGACAAUCCCGGCGUGACUGCGCACAUGAUCGCCAAGGAUGCACUAGGAUUGAUACGACAGGACGUCGGUGGUCGUCAUGGAGAGCUUCUAGCCGGCCUUCUUGAUUUACUCAGACACUUGACACUCUCUGGCCCUCCAUCCGAAAGAUCAGAGCUUCGUGGAUCACCGCUUCCAAUCGCACUUCUUCCAGUCUUUUUUACUUUGACGCCGGCCGACCUUGUGAAAUGGAAGCAAGUGGCCGCCAGAUUCAACGAAUUAAUUACCGAGGCCCCCGAGCAACUGCAGCUGAAUGAAAAUCGAUCGUGCGAAAUGGAAUCCGCCAGGCUAUCCGUCGAGAACACGGACAACGUUAGGUUGGAGAGAUAACUACGAUUCUUGCUGUGCCGUUGCAUGGCCCGCCGGCAAGUAGACUUCAUCCAGUAAUUUCCAAUUCGAAUCGAAAGCAUCCGAUAUUAAGCAGCAUUAAUACAAACGUAAUUCUUUCGUAUAAAUGUAAGAGAAUUGUGUAAAUUACUCAUACUUUCGCUCAACCGAUGACAAUCACAGAAGGCUACAUUUUCAUCUAAAUUAUUUCUUCUUCUUUUCUUUUCUUU